AUGGACUCCUUUGACGAUCUUCUUGCGCCUUCGAGAAAUAUGCUCGAAGAUAAUCCCUUUUCAGAUCCUUUUUCUAAGCGUUCCGGCUCACCAGACCCUUGGUCCAAUCCUUACUCCACUCACGACGACAUCUACUCAUCUCCCUUUUCCGCCGUCAAUCAGCAUGAUUCAUCCACCGCUAAUUCACCCGUUGCGCAGACAUCACAUUCAAGGACUGCUAGUGAAGUACGCACUGAAAGAAGUGACCGUGGACCAGCAUCCGACGCUAUACAAGACCUAAAUGACCCGCUGGACUCAACACAGCCAUCGGAGGAGGAAGAGCCAGUGACAAAGGCUACUCGUUCUGGUGGUUUCAGGGAAAGCGUGGACACCAGUACUGACUCCAAUGUGCCUGAAGCCACGGUACAUGAACCUGAAGAGUCAACGAUAGUGCCUGCUUUGGACGGAGACAGGCUGGACAAAAAGGAAUCGGAAACGAAGAGGCACGUAGAUUCGGUGAAGGCUACUCCAGAAAUACUUUCAGACCACCCUGCGACACAACCAAGAACUCAAUCUCACCCCGAGUCACACUCGCAGCCUAUAAGCUCUUUACCGUCCACUACUCACCACUCCAUCACGAAUGAGACAACCGAUCCAUCCGCUACCUCUUGGAAGCCUUUGGAUCUAUCAUCGCAUAACGUUACACAAUCGGUUCCUAAUCUCAACCUUGGUAGAGAGUCCCUGAAUGGCAAUUCUGCGGGUUGGACAGCGGCUCCAGAACCAGAACCAUGGAGCAACGAACCGCCGCCGCCCGUACUUUCACGGCUUCCCUCCGAUGAAGAUAGUGAUGAUGACAAGCCAAUAGGGCAGACAAUGAACAAAAGAUUGUCACAACAGAGCAAUUCAGCAGCACCUAUGGUACAAAAACAGAGUUCGUCUGUGCGACCAGACCUACGACCUGUAUUCGUGAUUACCGUAGAUGACCCUCAGAAAGUUGGAGACCCUAUUCGUUCAUUCACCAUGUACACUGUCCACACUCGAACAACCUCACCCCUCUUUCAGAAAUCCGCUUUUUCGGUCUUACGGCGGUAUUCCGAUUUCCUCUGGCUCUAUGAAACAUUAUCAAAUAACAAUCCUGGGGUGGUCGUGCCACCGGUACCAGAGAAAAACCCGUUCGGGAGAUUUGACGAUCACUUCGUAAAACAACGGCGUUUUGCGCUUGAGAAAUGCAUCCAGAAGAUAGCGAAUCAUCCGGUGCUCGGGAAGGACCCAGACUUGAAGUUAUUUUUGGAAAGCGACACGUUCUCCCUAGAUAUUAAGCACAGGAAGGCCGAGAUAGCCAAUGAACGAGGGGGUCUUAUGGCGUCUAUUGGCCAGACUAUUGCUGGCCCUCGAUUCCAUGAAUCAGACGAGUGGUUUGAUCGUCAAAAAUCAUACCUUGACAGCCUUGAAUCGCAACUCCGCGGUCUGGCGAAAGCUAUCGACAUGGUUGCGAAGCAACGAGCAGAACAAUCAACAGCCACGAUAGAGUUUGCAAAUUCCUUGGGUGAACUUGCCUCUGCGGAUGUUGGCAAACAACUCGUGCAUUCGCUCUCCGGUUUAUCAGAGAUUGAGAAGAAAGCUCAUGAUCUACAAGUGGUACAGUCAGAUCAGGACAUGGUUACGUUCAUGGGAACAGUGGACGAGUAUGCUCGGUUGAUUAAUUCCGUGCGGUUGACAUUUAGCUCUCGUAUCCGGGUUUACCAUACAUGGCGGAAUGCUGAAAGUGAACUUCAGCGAGUGAAAAUUAAUCAUGAAAAGAAUCGAGCUCAAGGUCGCAUCCCGACAGACCGACUUGGAUAUUCCCUCAGCCAGAUCGCAGAUGCGGAACGACGUGCUGCAGACGCCAAACUUGAAUUCGAGCAAGUUUCGAGGCUGGUCAAGUCAGAAGUUGCGCGAUUCGAGCAAGAGCGGAUUGAAGACUUCAAAGAUACAUUACACGCAUUUUUGGAGGGUAUGAUAUCGAGACAGAAGGAGCUGAUAGGACAUUGGGAAAACUACCAGCAAAUGUUGUUGAAAAGAGCAGCAGCAACAAAUGCAGCUCCGACAAUAAUCAUUGCAACACCUCAACUGCCCGUAACGACAGUAGACUGA